AUGGAAAUCCAAACUAAAUUCCAAGACAAAUGUAUCGAGAUUCUGGAGGAGUGUGAACAAUUUGACCUCCUUGAGAAAUUUGAAAAUGCUACUGAAGAAGAAAAAGACUCACUUGCACAACAAAUUGUUAAGCUUGAUUUCGAUUUCAAGGGUGGUCUUGCUGAAUACUGUGAAAGAGCAAGAGACCUUCUGAACGACUCAAAGAUGGGAGUUAACCCAUUCGGAGGAUUCGUUCCUUCAGUUCCAACUGGAAUCAACGUAGAAGCAAACUCAAAAGAAUUCCACCAACUUGAAGCAACUGGAAUGGAAAAUAUGCAAGAUGCAUGCUUUGUUUUAGUCGCUGGUGGAUUAGGAGAGCGACUUGGUUACUCAUCAAUUAAGGUCGGACUACCUCUCACCCUUCUUGACAAGGAGCUAUGCUACCUUAAAUUCUACUGUGAGUAUAUCAAAGCCUUUGAAUCACGUGUCAUUAGAAACGUUGAUGAAGAGAAGAGAGAAGGCUUCCAUAUCCCACUCUGUAUAAUGACUUCAGGAGACACUCAUGAGAAAACACUAUCUUUGUUAGAAGAAAAAGAAUAUUUUGGGCUUACCAAAGACCAGGUCACUGUUGUUAAGCAAGAAAAGGUUCCAGCCUUGAUUGAUAAUAACUCCAACUUCAGUGUAGCUAAGGAUAAACUUGAAAUCGAGACCAAGCCCCAUGGUCAUGGAGACGUCCACACAUUGUUGCACCAACAUGGAGUCAUCCAAAAAUGGGCUAAAAUGGACAAAAGAUGGGUUGUUUUCUUCCAAGAUACCAAUGCUCUUGUCUUCAGAGCUAUCCCAUCAGCCUUGGGAGUGAGUGUGAAGAGAGAUUUCGAUGUCAACAGUAUCUGUGUUCCAAGAAAGCCAGGAGAGGCAAUGGGAGGAAUUGCAACUCUAACCAAUGAAGCUGUUAAUCAGAAAAUUACCAUCAAUGUUGAGUAUAACCAACUCGACCCACUUCUGAGAGCCUCUUGGAACAAAGAUGGAGAUGUUGCAGAUGAAAAUGGAUACAGUUUCUUCCCAGGAAACACAAACGUCAUUGUAAUGAAAGUAUCCACUUAUUUGGAUACACUAGAUAAGACUCAGGGACUUAUCCCAGAAUUUGUUAAUCCUAAAUAUAAGGAUGAAUCUAAAGAAGUCUUCAAGUCUGCCACUAGACUUGAGUGCAUGAUGCAAGACUUUCCUAAGCUCCUUGAUAAGACCUCCAAGGUAGGCUUCUCCUGCUAUGAGAAAUGGUUCUGUUUCUCUGCUGUGAAGAACAACAUUGUCGAUGCUGCCGUAAAAUUCGACAAAGGUUUGAGCCCCGAAUGUGGUGCAACAGGUGAAUAUGAUAUUUUUGAAUGAAAUGCUAAGAUUCUCAAGAUGGUAGGAGUUGAAUUCGAGGACACUGUUGAAGAAGAUAUUAAAGAUUUCCAAGGCAUUAGAGUGAAAGACGGUGCUAAGGUUUUCCUUCAUCCUUCAUUUGGAGUAACCAUCAAAGAAAUUAGAGAUAAGAUCACCGGAGAAAAUUAUAUCUCCAAGAAAUCAAUGCUUUGGUUACAAGGUGAAGAAACAACAAUUCAUAACCUUCACUUAGAUUCCACCCUUGUUACUUCUUCAUUCCCUCAAACGCUUGAGGGUGAGUACAAGGAUCAGAAAUAUAUCGACUACGUUCCUUUGAGCCCAACUGAUGAAGAUUUCGAAAAUCUUGAUGAGGUUAUUAAAAUCAGAGGAUUCAAAUUAUGCCCUCCAGAAAAUUUUGAUGAACUCAAUAUUAUUUCUAACUAA